GGGGCGGCCGGGGCGCCGCUGCAGGAACGCCAGCCAUGCGAAAUCCCCAGCGCCGCUCCCCGCCACAUGCCCGAGAAACCGCCACGGCCUCGCCCCUCCAGAGGCAGCUCCGCCGCACGCGCUCGAGCACCGCAGCCGCCGCGCCAGCGCCACCAUGGCCGGCGCGCCGCCGCUGAGGUCGGACCUCGACUUCGCCGACGUCUUCGGCGGCCCGCCGCGCCGCUCGUCGGGGAACGAGCACCGCUCGAGCCGCGGCUCGCUGGACAGGUCGUCGUUCGGGUCGUCCGCGCUCGCCAGGGCGCGGAGCGGGGGAUCGGAGACGCCCGUGUUCGGGGAGCGCGUCAGCUCCGACAGGAGGAGGCAGCUCGGGAAGGACUUCUACAAGGACAUAUUCCCCGGGAACGAGGCGGCGUCGCCCAGACGGGGCGGCGUCGGGGAUUGGGGGGAUGUGUUCGGCGGGCCGGCGUCGCCUGGCUCCACGGCCCACCCGCGAUCGAGCUUCUCCAUGAGGCUCAACAGAGGCACAGACAGUUCAAUGCCUACUUCUCCCUCUCCGCAAACAUCCAACAGAAAUGAUGACGGGACUUCUUAUGAUUACAGUGUUCCGACUUCACCGAAUGAAUCCAUGGACAAUUAUUUAGCCCAAGGGGCACCCCAACAAGAUUCAAGGAAUAAGCCCUUUUCAUGGCAUCGCUAUCCAUUCCUAUCUAGGUUCCGUUCUCAAAGUGGAAAAAAGGAAAACACAUCUAAUUAUGUCAGCUCCAUUGACAGUGAAUAUGAAGGGACUCCUAUUAGCUUGGAAAGUAUUAUGGCUAAUGACAGGUUCCAUUUUUCAUUCUAUAAGUGGGCGGGCAAAGGAGCCUUGUUAGUGCUGCCAGCUACAGCAGGAGAAAACUCUGGAGACAUUAUUGGACUGAGAAACUUUCCUCAAGUUGUUGUGCAAGGCAUUGACCUAGUCGAUGACGAAGAUACCAUGUCGACUGCCACUGGAGCAUCAAAGAGUCAACCAAACUAUGAAGAUUCCAAAUCAGGAAAACAUAGUACAAAUUCAGCAACCAAGGAAGGAGCUAUUCCUUUAUUCUUUGAUGACUACAUGCAAGGAAUGAAACAGGGCAAUGAUUCUACAAAGAAUGACGCUUCAUCAGCUAGCCUGAGCACUAAAAGUUCUCGAUCACCUUCAGGAGAUAAAAGUCGUAGUAGCAGGGUAAAGGAAAAGGUGAAGGGUUUCAUAAAAUUAUUCAGCCCUGAGAGUUCACCGAAGCGCAAAAGAGCACCAGAAACACCAGACCAGACAUCUGUGGGGAAAAAUGGAAGCAAAAGUGAACUGCAAGAUAAGUUUAGCAUUUCCAAUCUGGAGGCCAAGGAGAAUGUUGAAAUAGCCCAAAUGAACAAUCAGAAUGCAUUUAUACCUGCACCUUAUCCAGUGAGUGAUGCGCAAGCGAGGAUAGACAAACCAGUCCUGAUCGAUGAUAGUAAAAUGGAGACAAAAAUGGAUACAAUUUCAGGGAGAAAUGAAGCUGCUUUUAAUGAGUCAAUAAAUGAUGAUACAAAAGACAAAGCAGACACCACAAUAGAUCAAGAUGAAAGAUACAUUGAAGAUCUUGAUGGUUGUGUGGUUGAGCAUGUCUCUGAAUGUCCUGUUCUUCAGGCUGAUCAGGAAAAGGAGCUAAUAAAGAUGUCUGAAUCUAAAAUCCGUGAAUGGUCAAGGGGAAAAGAAGGAAAUAUUAGGUCAUUGCUUUCGACACUGCAAUAUGUCCUGUGGCCUGAGAGUGGAUGGAAACCAGUUCCUCUUGUUGAUAUAAUCGAAGGAGCAGGAGUCAAGAAGGCUUACCAGAAAGCAUUAUUAUGCCUCCAUCCAGAUAAGUUACAGCAACGAGGAGCUGCCACGCAUCAGAAGUAUAUAGCAGAGAAGGUUUUUGACAUUCUACAGGAAUCAUGGAAUGAAUUCAAUUCAGUUACUUUUGGAUAGUAGUAGCUUAAUCAAUUAUUACAAUCAACUCCCAUCACACAGACAUGUUUUCCCAGUGUCUGCAGCAGUUGGUUGGUUGAAACAGCCUAUGAGUCUACGACAAUAUAUAGCAAAAGGCAACUCAAGAGAGUUGCUGUCGAGCGUUAUGAAUUUAGAUGUUACUGCGGUCACAGGCAAUGCUGCCCUCCGCCCUUUGUUGAAAAUAUUCGAUUGUAACAAGUAUAAAUGUAUAAUAUGUAUCUGUUAGGUCUAUUGUAUCCAGAGGCCUGGAAUAUCACACGAGGAAUGCUUCAUGUGCUGGUUUUUCGAUACUGUUGAAGAUCGGGCAAAAAAAUGUUA